CUUCCAUACAAAUACACAAUUCUUUUUUUCUAUAUUCUAUAAUAUAUAAAAUGUCAUACCUUUUUUAUUCUAUAGUCAUACUUUUAGUCACACUUUCUGUUUAUCGACCAUUUAUUUCAAAACUUGAUAUUGCCAAAUGCAUUUUAUUAGGUGGCAUUUCAUUUUUAAUACCAUUUGUUGUUGAUUAUAAUGCCAAUAUCUAUGAGGAUAAAAGAUAUAUCUCUCUAAUAGGAUUUCAAAAUAUAACUACUACCGCGUAUAAAGGAGGAAUAUUAUCUACACCAUUUGACACUGCAUAUCAAUUACAGAGUUUUAGUUUCAAUUAUUAUUCACUAAUUGACGCCGUUGUACUUUCAAUAAUCACUAUAUUUACUGUCUGCAUAUGUAGUUUCUUUACAAGAUGGCAUUUCUCUAUUAUAUUCAUCAAACCCAGAUCUAACUUAUUCAUUUCUGGUUUCUUACGACAUGGUAUUUCUACUAUAUUUAUCUUAGUGGCAAUGUUUAGUCAUUACUCAUCAUGUUAUAGCUUCUCGUUCGUCUUCACUAUCAUUGGCUUAUUGUGGUAUGUUCCUGGCCCUUACCUUGUCAGAAGAUGGAGAGCUAUUACCGCGUCAACUGUGAUUUCAUCUACUUUCUGUACUUUCAUUUGCUAUACAGCAUAUACUCAUAGCAAACUAUAUACAUAUGGGCAUACAAUCUGGGUUUUAUUUGUUGUUGUACUCGUGCUUUUAUGUAAUGUACUGGAUUUCUUGGAUGCUCUUUUAAACACAUAUCCUUACUUGGUUCAUCAAGAUAAAGACAAGCAAUCACAAUUUCAAUGCGCCACUUCGUUAUCUUAUUGGAAUGCUGUUAUUUGUCUUCUCUUUCAUAUACCUUCUGAAUCUGACCUUAAUCCUGCUCCAAUUGAUGAUCUUGAAAUUGCUAUUCGACUCUUAGGGCCUGCUUCACGUUCUUGGAAAACAAUGGCUGCCCUCUUUCCUGUAAAUCUUCGUCAAGACCUUUGUCUUUUAUAUGCUUUUUUUCGUACUGCAGAUGACUUGGUUGAUGAUGCCUCUACACCUAAGCAAUGUGAAAAGAAUUUAAUAACUAUCCGAAAAUUUCUACGAGAUGUUUUCUUUCCAAGUAAUCUUAGUUCUAGGCAAGAUAAUCCUUAUGCUGCUGAUCCCACUUUGCCAUCCCAUAUUAACUGGAACUAUUACGCUUCAGUUUUGCCUAAUGAUGAUGUACUUGCUGUCUUUAGGAAUUUUGCUCGUAUUUGUCACUAUUUAUGUCCUCGAGCUAUGUCAGAACUUACAAAUGCAUGGGAACUUGACCUUCGAGGAGAACCGGUUAAGAAACAAAAAGACUUGUUAAAUUAUGCUGCUCUCAUAUCAGGAACAUUUGGUGAACUCUGUACUUGUGUUAUCAUGUAUAAAACUGGGCAUGGUAAUUGGGGACAGUAUAAUAAGAAUAAUACUGUAAGAAAUGAAGAAGUUUUAUCAAGAGCACGAGCUACUGGACAGUGCCUUCAACUUAUUAAUAUUGCUCGUGAUAUUAUUGCUGAUAGCUUAGUAGGACGCUGCUAUGUUCCACUUCAAUAUAUGCCAUAUCCUCCUCGAAGUAUUUAUCAUCUUUUGAAAGUGGCCAAAAACCCUUUACAAGUCGGUGAGCAAACACUUAAGUCUUUCUCAACCAGAAUUUUAGGUCUAGCUGAUCAAAUUUCAGAUAAAGCACAAAAAGGAAUUGAUGGACUACCUGAUGAGGUGCAAGAUAGUAUUCGUGCUGCUUUUGAGAUUUAUAUGGCCAUCGGUCCUACUUUACGAGAACAUCCUGGCUUCCCUUUACGUGCUAAAGUUCCUAAGCGCCAACAACAAUGGAUUGCACUUCGUUGCAUAUAUGGCUUUAGAGGACCAGUAGCCCGUACUAUUUCAGCUACAUUUCACAAACUUGUUUCUAUGUAUUUUCGUAUAUUUACAACUCUUUCAAACACAAGAAAAAGCCCAAUAACCCAUUAGUUUUGGAUUUUAUUUAAUAACUUAUUAUAUCAAUUGUACACAUUUAUUAUAUAUUUCCCUAUUUUCUCAUAUUAUGUUGCAUACAUAUAAAUAUACAUACACACAUA